AUGGAUAGUGCACCUGAGAAAGUUGUGGGUUUAGAAAAAAGAAUGACAGACGAAACAACAACACAAUCAGUACCAACAUCACCAAGGCUACAUACAACACAACUCCCCACAAUGAAUUCCAUACCAACAUCAAGUGAUUUAACAAAAUCGAACGACACAAUGGAUUCGAUGCCUGGAGUAUUUUCUGAACAUCAAAAACAAGAUUACGAGAAUGAAAAUAUUAGUUUACCAACUACUAUUUUUCAAAGACUUUAG